AUGUCUGAAUUGGCGCUUUGGGCCACCAACGAGCUGAGAGAACGGAAGUUUGCUGAUAAGGAUACAGCUCAGCAAGAGGAAGAGGAACUUCUGAUGAAACUAGCCUGGUUUUUGGAUCAACUCGCGCAGCUGACUGGCUAUAUGCCUGAUCCCAAAGAAUUUCAACCAAAUACCACUGAAUCGAGUACAAUGCAAAUGGAAGAAAUGACAACAACUACAAUCCCAGAUACAACAAUCUCUCUAGAAAUUAUGCAGUCUGUGGAAAAUGGUCCGCCAUUGCCAAAACACGCGCCAAAAUUUACCAAUAAUAUAAAAAAACGAUCAGUAGAUAAUGAAAUGACAAACUUUGUUAAAAAUUACAUUAAAUACAAAGUGUGGAAUACUGAUAACUCUAACAUCAACAUAAAAUCCGAUAGUUACGAAGUAAAAAACGAAAUUAACACGAAAUCAAUACAAAAACGCGACGUUUUAGCAAAAAAGUUUAUACAACUGCGACCGCCCCCGAAAAAAAGGAAUUUAAAACCAAAAAAGAUUUACGUUGAAAAGCCUAAGCGGCAUUUUUUUCAAAAGCAACAUGGCGGCAUGGCUGUCAAAAUAAUACGAAAGGCGGUAAAACCAAAGCUGGCAAAGCGUUCGGUUUACUAUGAAGAUUACGGAAUAUCUAGAAUUCCCGAAGACCCAAUGCAGGAUAUAAGCUAUUACGUUAAAAAUAAACCUGGAACUAUGUACAGCCCCUCAGUAGUGCAAGUGGCCAAUGUUUAUGAUAGUUUAAUGAAACAUUAUAAUUUAGCGACGUUUGAAAUGAUUAAACGAUUUGGUUCUAACAUUACUCUAGGCAUGGACAAUUUAGGUAACGGUGCUGCCAAAUCCAUGGCUGACGCUCAAUAAAAAAAAAUUUAACAGAUAUCUAAAUUUUUAGAGGUUAUAUUUUAAUUUGAUUGUCUUAACACAAAAAAGUCUUUGAUUGAUUAGUAAACAUAAAAAUUGAUGAGCUAAGCCCAGGCUCAUUGUAAAGAAAA